GUUCAUUACCACAACCAUGUCUGUCAACACACCGACUGCGCUCAGCCGAUGGAGCUGCCAAAGCAAGCAGAUGCCGCCAGUCGGCCAGAUCGAGCACAUCCACAUCUACGACUUCGACAACACACUGUUCUCCUCGCCCUUACCGAACAAGAAUCUCUGGAAUACGGGAACAUGCGGUCAGCUGCAGGCGCAAGAGUUCAUGACUACGGGAGGAUGGUGGCACAAUCCGAGCAUUCUCGCCGCGACAGGCUUGGGUGCGGAACAAGAGGAGGCGCGCGGAUGGCAGGGGAGCUGGAACGAGUCGAUUGUGCAGCUGGUGGAGCUGUCGAUGGCGGAUAGCAAUACUCUGACUGUGCUGCUGACGGGCAGGAAAGAGGAUGGGUUUUCGGAACUGAUUGGCAAGAUGCUGGCUUCGAAAGGUCUCGUGUUUGAUAUGGUGUGUUUGAAGCCAGCGGUCGGGCCGAGUGGGGAUACAUAUAGCAGUACCAUGCUGUUCAAACAGGCGCUGUUGAAAGACAUUGUCUUCACAUACGCCCAAGCGAAGGAGAUCAGGAUCUACGAGGACCGCAUCAAGCACGUCAAGGGCUUCCAAGAAUUCUUCUACGACAUCAACCAGGAUCUGCAGGAGAAUCCAGUACCCCGCGCCCCGAUCAUCGCCGAAGUCGUCCACGUUAAAGAGCAGGAGAAUUCCAUGUCGCCGGAAGUGGAGGUCGCUGAAGUGCAAAAGAUGAUCAACGUCAACAACGCCGCUGUGCGCAACGGUACUGCACCUCGAAAUACUGUCCCAUACAAGAUCAAGCGCUCGGUGUUCUACACGGGAUACAUCAUCUCAACGGCGGACAUGGAGAAGCUGAGGUCGCUCAUCCGCCUUCCAUCAAAUUGCCCCGAGCACGAAAUCCGCCCACUUGCUAACAACAUCCUCAUCACUCCACGUCCAGCACCGAGAUCCAUCCUUGACAAGGUCGGAGGCAUCGGCGCGAAGAUGAGGUGGAAGGUGACCGGGCUGGCCGUGCACGAGAGCCGAGUCUGGGCUGCUCGCGUCGAUCCAGCAAAUCCUGGUGCUCGCUACUACACCGAAAACUCCACACCCUGCGUCGUGCUCGCCACUCGCCGUCAAGCCAAACCCAUCGAGGCGAAUCGCAUCCAAAACUGGCAGCCUGUACCGGACGACCAAGCAUUCACCUUCGAGACGGUCGUCGGCGAAAAGGCACCGCAAACAGGAAGAGGUGGAUACCAACAACAUGUCAAUCGUGGUGCAGCUCGUGGCAACGGGAAUGCUUUCAAUAGUCCCAGAGGCGGCGGAAGUGGCAUGCAACGAGGCGGCGCAAACGGAGCCAAUGGGAAUGGUGGUGGCCGAGGCGCGAGAGGUGGUGGUGGAGGCGGAGGCGGAGGCGGUGGUCGUGGUCGCGGCGGUAGAGGCGGCGGCGGCGAUCGCGGAGGAGGUCGUGGCAGAGGCAGAGGUGGCUAUCGCUCCUUGGAUGAUAAUGUGGGUCAGGGCUACGGCAGUGGUGGGAUGCAGUACUAA